UGUAAAACAUACAAGUUUUACAUUUUAUAUUUAUUGUUCCAUGAAGAAAAUUUGCAUUUUACUGUAAUUAAAAAAUUUGAAUAAUUCUUUAUCGUCAUAAUUAAUAAUCCAUAUAUUAAUAAUGCUUCGAUCGUUAGCAUCUUUAUAUCCUCAGACUUGCAAAGCGGUAUAUGUUGCAACAUCAACUUUGAUGAAAUCAAAACACUCGAUAUUAGUAAAACACGCUCGUAACCUUUGUGUUAGUAAUAAAUUUCUUUCGUGUCAACUUCAGGUUCAAAAGCCUGCACCAGAAUUUUCUGGAACUGCUGUAAUUAAUGGUGAUUUCAAGGAAAUUAAUUUAAGUGAUUACAGGCAAAAAUAUGUUGUCCUUUUCUUUUAUCCUUUGGACUUCACAUUUGUCUGUCCUACCGAGUUAAUAGCAUUCAGUGAGAGAAUUUCAGAAUUCCAAGCUUUAGAUACACAAGUGAUCGGAGUUUCUACAGAUUCUCAUUUUAGCCAUUUAGCAUGGAUUAAUACACCUAGAAAACAGGGUGGACUAGGUGGCAAUUUGGGUUACCCUCUUCUUAGUGACUUUACCAAGGAAAUAUCUGCUAAAUACGAUGUUCUUCUCCAAGAUUCUGGAAUUGCCUUACGAGGACUUUUUAUCAUAGAUAGAGAAGGAAUACUGAGACACUUCAGCGUGAAUGAUCUACCAGUCGGAAGAAGCGUAGAGGAAACUUUAAGGCUCCUCAAGGCAUUUCAGUUUGUUGAAAAACAUGGCGAAGUUUGUCCAGCUAAUUGGCAGCCAGAUUCUAAAACUAUUAAACCAAAUCCAAAGGAUAGCAAACAGUACUUUGAAUCAGUCAACUAA